AUGGUUCACGUCAGCCUCGAGGAUGACUGGCACAUCCUGAAGGUGCGCGACCGCGCUCGCCACGACACCGCGUCGGAAUCGCCCGCGUCCUUUCGUCGUUCGACUGCUUGCUGUGUCAUUCCCGAUUUGCUGACGACGAUAAUUCUCCUCUCGCGCGACAACACCCUCCAGGCCGACCUCGACACGACGCUGUCGCACGCGCAGGUGUACUACGCGCUGCGCAAACUCCUCAGGAGUGCCUCGCCCGUGUUCCACAUAACAUGCGACGGCCAGGUCCUCACGGACGCGAACGCGUGUUGGCUCGUGAAGACCGGUUCGGUGGUGAAAAUUCAGCCAGGGGAAGCGCCCGCGCACUUGAAAGCGCAGAGAGGCGUGACGGUCAUCGACAAGAAUGCACCACCGCCCGGCGUGACCAGCGCCGGUGCCGCGCCGCCUGUUACAAUCACGUCCAGCACGCCCAGACGCGUGACCCCUGAUACCGGCGCGAGGAGGUUGGAAGGUGGCUGGAAGCCGAAGGCGAAAGAGGGAGCGGACUUUGGGGCGACGCGCAAGUCGGGCAACGGCAGACGAAACCUCGACCGUCGCGACGCCCCGGCGACAACCGUCCGCGUCCCAGUCGCAGGAGUACACUCUUCGUUGAGACAAGAGCUCGCUAGUGAAGACUUAUCGGCGUGGAUGCGGUCGUAUAAAUCCGAGGAGGACGCGUUUUCGUCCUCCGCGCUUCUCGCAGAGACGCGGUACAACGAGGUCGUGAAGUCGACGGAGUCGUUGGGCACGCCGAACCUCGUGCGAACGAGAGAGGUGUGCCGGCUGCUAGAGGCGAUCGUGAUGCGUUUCGGACGUUUCCGUGGAAUCACGAGAAAGCUCCUCGACGACGUGUUUCACUCCGUGUUUGAGGAUCCGAACGCGCCAAACGCGGAGCCGUAUUUCCUGAAACACUCCCGGGUUCAGAAUCAACUGAGAGAACAGCGUUGCAAGAACGCGCUGCUCGACAAGGAAGUCGCGGGGGUGCAAGCGAACAGCGCGAAACGAUUCGCGUUCAUUCAGCGCACGCUCGCGAACGUGUUUAAUCAGUCCAUGGUGUCCGCGUUUCGGAAGUGGAGGACGGAGGUGCAGCAAAUCAGCGCGAAGAAGGAGGUUCUUCGCAACAUGACGGCGAAGGCCAGGAGGACGAUCUCUCGCAAAGCGCUGGGUCACUGGAGGGUUUGCGCGGUGCUUUGUAGACUCGAAAAGGCAUACGUCGUGGUGAAGGAAAAAACAGACGCGAGCGAGCAGCUGAGGGAGAAGGCCUCCGAGCGAGAAAGAGAGCGCGACGCCGCGUCGCACGAGGUUGACGUCAUGAAGAACCAGAUGCAACUGCUGCAGAAGAAGCUCGCGGAGACGGAAGCGCGGGCUGUGGCCGCGGAAACCGAGCUCGCGAAGCAUAAAGCAGUCGACGACGAGAGCUAG